UAGUCAAUGACAAACCAAUCCUCCCCUUUACAUACGUAUAACCGCCAACUCUCCUUAUCGGUUAUUCACAUCCCUCUUUGGAACCAUCGCUCCAGCAUUUUCGGAAAACCCUAACUUUCAUCUCCGCCGCCACUCCCGAUCUAAGCCCCAAAAUGGCUACGGAGGCCACAACCGCGUCCAAAUUCCAAGACCCGGACCUCCGACCGGUCUCCCAAUUCAAACCGGAAACCGCUCACGACGGUCUCCGGUUCUGGCAAUUCAUGAUCGCCGGCUCGAUCGCCGGCUCCGUCGAGCACAUGGCGAUGUUCCCCGUGGACACAAUCAAGACCCACAUGCAAGCCCUCCGCCCCUGCCCUUUAAAGCGCGUCGGGAUCCGGGAGGCCUUCCGCUCGAUCAUCCAGAAGGAAGGACCCUCCGCGCUCUACCGCGGGAUCUGGGCCAUGGGCCUCGGCGCAGGCCCGGCCCACGCCGUUUACUUUUCCUUCUACGAGGUCUCCAAGAAGUUCCUUUCCUCAGAUUCGAACAACUCCGCCGCGCACGCCGCCUCCGGGGUGUUCGCGACGGUGUCGAGCGACGCGGUGUUCACGCCGAUGGAUAUGGUGAAGCAGAGGCUGCAGAUGGGGGAAGGGACUUACAGAGGGGUGUGGGACUGCGUGAGGAGGGUUAUGAGGGAGGAAGGGUUUGGUGCGUUCUACGCUUCUUAUAGGACGACUGUUCUCAUGAACGCGCCUUUUACUGCUGUCCAUUUCGCUGCUUACGAGGCGGCUAAGAAGGCGUUGGUGGAGGUUUCGCCGGAGAGAGUUGGCGAUGAGGAAGGUUGGUUGGUUCACGCUACGGCCGGAGCGGCUGCUGGUGGGUUAGCGGCGGCUGUGACUACGCCGCUUGAUGUUGUCAAGACGCAGUUGCAGUGUCAGGGUGUGUGUGGAUGCGACCGCUUCACUAGUAGUUCGAUAAGCGAUGUACUUAAAACGAUUGUGAAAAAAGAUGGAUAUAGAGGACUUCUAAGGGGAUGGCUUCCGAGAAUGCUUUUCCAUGCUCCAGCAGCAGCAAUCUGUUGGUCCACUUAUGAAGGUGUCAAGUCUUUCUUUCAGGACUUCAAUGGUGAUCCAAACACUGCCUGAAAAAAAAGACUAAGAGUUAGGUAUCCACGCUCUUGACGAUUCUGUUUGUUUUUCUUUGUAAAAUUGUGUUGUCAGGGUUUUUUAAAGUCACUUUAGAUCAUUUUUUUCCAGGCUUGUGUUGUUGAUGAUGAUGUUGAGAAUUUUGAUGUGUACAAAACUAUGUUUUUUUUUUCCAAAUUUUUCAAUAAUAAUAAUAACUGAAUGAG